AUGAGUGAUUGGGAAGAAGAAUUUGAGCAAGUCAAUAAAGUCGCCAGCACAAAACCUAAAAUGGCUUGGGAUGACGAAGACACCGAAGAUAAUAACAAUAAUGUCAAAGAAGACUGGGAUGAAUCUGAAGAAGAAGAAGAACCAAAGAGGGAACAAAAAGUCGAAACAAAGACAGUGACGCCACCUGUUAAAAAGAAUUUGACCUUGAAGCAAAAGAUUGCUGAAAAGGAAGCAUUAUUAAAAGAACAAAAGAAAAAGAAGGCUGCUUUGGCCAACCGUUUCUUGGAUGGUGAAACUGAAGAAGAAAAGUUUGAACGCGUACACGGUAUCAAAGGAGGAGAAGGAGAAGAAGCAGCCGAAGCUCCCAAGAAGGCACCUUCAAAGCCUGUAGAAUCAUUAAAGCCACGCACGCGUGCUGAUUUUGAAGAAUUCAGACAGUUGCUCACUGAUUUGAUCCUUCAACAUUCUAAUGUAUCUGGUUAUGCCACUUUCCUUGAGCAAUUAGCUCGUGAUCUGGCUGACCCCAUGAAGGAUAUGGACAUUCGUAAGGCAGCCUCCAGUUUGACAGCACUUGCUAAUGAUAAACAACGACAACAAAGAGAAGCACUCAAGAACAAUAAGAAGACAAAGGGCAAGGGUCAAUCAGCCAAGACAGCAACGCCAGCACCAGCAGCGCCCACAAGAGAAUACUCUACUACAUAUGAUGAUUUUGAUGACUUUAUGUAA